CUAACAAUGGUUCAUCAAAUUUCUUUUCCUCUUUCCUUGAAACCCCUCAUCUUGUAUAUCUAUAUAAACAGUUCAAUAUUCAUUCAUCAAUCUCAUCAAACAAAAACUUCACAUUCAACAUUAUUCAUAUUCUUUUUCUUUUCUCUUUUGAUAUUUUUAAGGUUAUGGAAGGAAUUGACUUUGAGGAUUUGUUACCGGUAAUCGCGAAUAAGCUAGGUGGUGAAGGGUUAAUGAAGGAACUGAGUAAUGGGUUUAAGUUACUUAUGGACAAAGACAAAGGUGUGAUAACUUUGGAGAGUUUGAGGAAAAACAGUGCAUUGAUGGGUUUGGAAGAUUUGAAGGAAGAUGAAGUAGUGAGCAUGAUGAGAGAAGGUGAUAUUGAUGGUGAUGGUGUACUCAGUGAGAUGGAGUUUUGUGUUUUGAUGUUUAGAUUGAGUCCUCAGUUAAUGGAGGAAUCAUGGUCUUUGCUUGAACAAGCAUUGCAACAUGAACUCAACAAUUAAUCAUUCUUCUUAAAUAUGUGUUAUUCUUAAGCCAUUGUUAAAUUUUAUGAUGCAAUUGACUAUUGAUUUUUUUUUUUUUACAAUUGAAUUUGGUAAGAAGAGAAUUACAUUUGUGUGCUACAAGUUACAAACUUACAAUCAUUCAUCCUAAUGAAAAGAGAAUUAGAUAUGUGUUUGACUAUGUUUAUUUUUGCAAUUGAGAUUUUCGCAUGAUUGAUUUGUGUUAAAGUAAAUUAGUUUAUAUUUUAAUAUAUUCACAUAAGAGUGAAUUGAACGUCAAACAUAAGAAGGAGAAAGAAAAAAAAUUGAAGAUAAAAACUACAAAUUUCGACUUUGAGCAAGAAUUCAAUAUAAAAGUAAAAGGCAAUACUUGACUUUGUUAUUUUCAAUUUAACUAU